AUGGGAAGGGAAGGAUCGGGAGGGCGAGGGGGACGCGGGACGGGGGUGGGGGGGGGGGAAGGGGGAAAGGGAACGGGAUCGAAGGCUUUUUUCAGGCAGUACGAUCCGAACCACGGGCGGAGACGCACGUCGAUGAUGUCGGACCCGGCGCCGCUGUCCAAAACAGCCAAAUACAAGAAGAUAACUAAACCUUUACUGGAGAGGAAACGAAGGGCGCGCAUCAAUAGAUGUCUGGACGAAUUAAAGGACUUGAUGGUCGGAGCGUUGGAGAUUGAUGACGACAACUUGAGCAAGCUGGAGAAGGCUGAUAUCCUUGAACUAACAGUGAACCACCUCACGAAGCUACACAGACCCAAGGAUCCCGUUAUGGAAGCUAAGAAGUUUCAAGCCGGCUUCGGACAGUGCGCGGCUGAAGCUUGCAGAUUUAUUAUGUCCGUACCGGAUUUAGACUCGAAAGUCAGUCAAAAUCUAGUUGGACAUUUAUCAAGACUAAUCACAUCUCAACCGCUGACGAUACAAGUACCGGAGAGAUCUUCAUUCUCUCCGCCUACAUCACCAUCGUCUGUUCUCUCCGAUAGACAUCACUAUUACAGCGACCACGAGAAAUCAUCUUCAGACGCUGAAGACUCUGUAUACUCGGGAGACAGCGCCACAAAACAAUGGACUUACAAACCAAUUAAUAAACAAAGUCUACCAGUCACAGGAUUGCUCACCACAGUAGAUAAACUAUCGCCACACAACUCAGAACACACAUUCAAUGGCCAUCGGAACGGAACUUACUUUAACAAAGUCCCGGCUGAAGCGAAAGAUGUUAUCUUACAGAAGAUAAGACAACACAUUAUGGACAAACGCGGGAACGAAUAUCAUGUGGAUCUCAAUGCUAAUGCUGACAUCCCUAACGAAAAUAGAUACAUUCGUGAGGAAGUGUACAGGAAUGAAGCACAACACUAUCCAAUACAUUACUCUAACAACGACACAUUGGAUCUAAGGAAAGUAAGAUCACCAGCACGACAAGAAAAAUCAAAUUCUCCACAAGAAUCAAUCUAUCCAAAAACAGAAUCUGAACAUUCGGAUAAAAUACAAUCUUCAAUCAGUGUCCCAGAUUGCGAAUCUCCGAUGGACUAUAGUAACCUGCCGCCUAAGAAGAAGAGGAAAUUGAUCGAGUACCAGGAGUACAUGAAGCAGGAGGAGGCUAAGAGACAGAACGCUUACUAUGAGGACAAGGAACGAAGAUAUGGAGCGCCUUCAGACAACGAGACCGACGGUAACAAGUGGCGACCUUGGUGA